AUCCAAGACUAACCGUGUUUGGUCGACUGUACACACCUUCCCCGCUAAACACAGGUCUUACCACUCACUCUGCGGUAUCGACAUGCAGUUGGAAAGCGUGGUGGCUCCUAAGAGCCCGCCAUCCCUGCUGGCUUUGUUGGGCACCCGCUGCAGAAAGCGGCCGUAUUACUUUGAAGACCCAGAGCAGCAGCAGCAACAACAACAACAAGAAGAAGAAGCCCCUAUUUAUUGCAAGACCUUAAACUGCUGCGACACAAGGAAGCAUGCUGCUGAUGUUUUCCCUGUGUCGACUUCUGGAAGUUUCCAGGACCGUCGCAGCCCCAUUAAAUACACAAACUCCAAGAAACGACUCAGAGAAGACUCCGUGGGUUCUGAGACUGCUUCCAAAGCAAAGGAUUAUGCUGGUGCAGAGAGCACUACUGAAGACUGCAAAUACAACACAUUCCAGUUCUGGAGGGUCCCUCUGCCUGAACUUGAUCUCUCACUGCUAGACGAUGCCAAUGCCCAGUCCAAAACAAAAGACAAGUCAAAGGUCAAAAACUCCUCAGAUGUCAUGGAGACCUGAAAGUGAAAGGUGCAGCAAGUUUGUCACGACUUCAGCUGGCAAAUGUUGUUAUGCUUUUCAGAAGAUGAACACAUCAGAAGCACAUUAGCAACACUUGAGGUUGCACAAAAUUAAUUCAGGCCAAGGUAGCCCUGUCAGAUGGAUAGUGAGACAGGUCUGUGUUGGUGCAUUCACUCACAGUAGGUGAACUAACAAUAUCUGCCCUGCAGUAAUACAGUUGUUACAGUGGUGACCAAAAUAUGUUGAUUUUCUUUUUUCUGUAUUUUGUGAAAUCAUGGAAAUCCAUCCAUCCAUUUCCAAGUUGUAGUUUAUUAAUCCAAGUUUUCUAUUUAAAAUAAUAUCCACAUUGAAAAUGUCUUUAUGUGAACAGUAUUUCAUACGUCUUGUGUUUGACUGGCUUUUGUUUUGUGCAUAAGCUCUACCGUGUAAACCCAAUAUACAAAAAAUAAACUUGUGUAAUGCUACUACUGAGAUGAGGUAUGAGCUGGGUCUACACAUUACAUUUAGAACAAUAACAAUAUUUUUCCAAGCUAGUUUGGUGUUACUCAUUUCAGAUUUUGUGACUGCGUUGCAGAUGUUGUGGGAGGUAAGACAUGUUUUAAAUACACCUUGUUCAGUGUAUGUUCUCUUAUUACAUGUAACUGAUGCACCUUGUUGCAGUCACUUGUUUUUUUUGGCAAUAAAAGUUUCUUAAACUUUA